GAAAUCUUUGCUGGUCUACCUGAAUCCCUCAUUUUCCACUUCUUAAUCAGCGUUUGAACACUGCUGAUUGGCAUUCUCAAUUCCUUGGAUAUCUUUUUAUACCCCUUUCCUGUUUUGUGCAGCUCAAUUACCUUUUUAUCGCAGAUCCUUUGACAAUUCUUUUGCCUUCUCCAUGACUCAGAAUCCAGAAACAUGUGUGCAGCACUGGAUGAAAGAUGCAAUGGUCUGUCAGAAGCCCAGAAACUCACUGACCUUUUAUACACACACACUAAUUACAAACAAACAUGUCACAGGUGAGGAUUGGAACCUUGAUUAGCCAUUCAAACCUGUUUGUGUCAACUUUUGUGCAUGUUACCAGAUCAAAGUCACUGGGGGCUGCUCGGUGAUGAGUGGGCGGGGGCCUACACUGAGAAGGAGAUCUGUGCAAUUAAAGGAUCCACUGUGAAGCUUCAGUGCUCCUUUACGUUCCCGCCCACAGAAGACGGGCGUGACAUCAAGGUCAAGGAAACAUUUUGGUUCACCAAAUAUCCAGAGGAAGAUCUGAGAUUGGACCCUCAGUACUUUGGUGGUGUGCAGUCUGAGUGUCAUGGCAACAACUGCAGUCUGACCAUCGCAGACGUGAGAUGGAGUGACGAGUACACGUUCAGAUUCACAACCAACCAUUCCAAAGGGGGGUUCAACGUCACGCCUGCUGUCAAAGUGACCGUCACUGAUCUGAAAGUACAAGUGACAGAGUCCAGGUUUAGAAAUAUGUAUGAUCUGAAGUGUGUCAGCAGCACUUGCAGUCCUUGGUCUCCUUCUUCAUACGUCUGGUAUAAGAAUGGAGAGGAAAUCCCAAAUGAAAAGUCCCAAUUGUACAAAAGAGGGUAUGACUACAUAAACAGUUACUCCUGUGCUGUAAGAGGACACGAGCAAGAUGUGUCUCCUCCAGAGUGUAUGUACUGGUCAUGUAACAAGGUGGUUUACUACAAGAGACACAUCUGUGCCAUCCAAGGAUCAUCAGUGGACAUUAGCUGUGAAUACACGAGCUAUGUAAAUACCCAGACACAAUUCUGGUUCCGUACAGAUUCUAGUGACCCGGGGAACCCCUCCAUCAUUGAAGACCCUCGGUAUGAAUUACCUUCAGAGACUUCUGGAAAAAGCACACUGAGAAUAAACGAUGUGAGGCAGAGUGAUUCUGCUGAGUACCGCUUCAAAUUCACCUUUUCUUACAAUUUUGAAUGGAGGAGUAUUUCACCUGGAAGCACCUUGACAGUAACAGCUGUGCAGGUGCAGGUGAUGUCAGUCAGAGUUGAAGAUUCUCACCUUGUUGCACAAAUGUUGUGUCACACAAGCUGCUUUCCAGAAGCUCCUUUGUCUUUUGUGUGGCAUCACAAUGGAGCGUAUAUAAACCAAGGAACCAUAAUAGAAGUCACCUUGUCACCUGGAGACUACAUCACCUGUGCUACACAACAAGUUAAUGAUGUCACCACCUCUCCUGUUCUGUAUGUUCUGAAAAGACCCUCAGUGUCUCUAAAUGAUACUGGUGACAUAUUGGAGGGUCGUCCACUGACACUGACCUGCUACAUCGAGAACUUCGACUACUCCUCAGCAACAGUUGAUUACUGCUGGUACAAGAAGAAGAAUGUGUCUUCAGAUGAUGAAGUCCUCAGUAAUGAUCGACAACUGGUCCUCCCGUCCAUCAAGUCUUCAGACUCAGCAGAGUAUUGGUGUACUGUGGAGAACCAGCUGGGGAAGAAGACAUCAGAACCCGUCUUCAUUGAUGUCCAAUAUCCUCCCAGGUCGUUGUCUUUGUCCGUCAGUCCGUCUCGUGUCAUCGUUGAGGGACAGUCAGUGAAUCUGACCUGCAGCAGCAAAGCUAACCCGGCCGCCAGCUACACCUGGUACAAGGACCGCCAAACUCUACCCCAAACACUCCAAGAACAUUACAGUUUCACCUCCAUCCAUCCUGAAGAUGCCGGAACAUUCCACUGCAUGUCUGAGAAUAAACAUGGACGUGUAACCUCUUCAUCAGUCUUCAUAGACGUCCAAUAUGCUCCGAGGCUUCCAGUUAUCUCAGCGGCACCCUCCAGUGAAGCCAGCCAGGGCUCUUCGGUCUGGUUGACUUGUAGCAGCGACGCCAACCCGCAGGCUAAGUACAGUUGGUGGAAGAGGAGUGAAGAGCAGAUUGGUGUUAAAGAUCUGCAUAGAGCAUCUGCCACCUUCAACCUCACUGACCUUGGACUUGAGGCCAGCGGGGACUACGUGUGUGUGGCCACCAGCAGCAGAGGCAGCAGCAACUCCUCAGUGAGGCUCCAAGUGAAGGCCUGUUCCUGGAGUGUCACCAUGGCAACCACUGUGGGCUCAGUGGCUGGUCUUGUUCUUGUUCUGGUGGUCCUGGUUCUCACCGCCUUCCUGGUGUGGAGGAAAAAGAGGUCAUCCAAGGAGUCCAGAGCAAAGUCCAGCGCGGGUGCAGAUUGUGGCGAGGCUUCAACCCGGGAACAGAAAGAAGUCGUUUAUUCCCAAGUCCACUUCACCACAUCCAGCGAAGGUCCGGUCUACGCCAACAUCACGCCAGCUAUGCCCCGCAGACACUUGGUGGAGGAGUCGGAAGACGGCGUGGAGUACGCCACAGUCAGAAAAGCGCGAUGAGCUCCUUUCACUUUCGUUACGGUUGUCCCGGACGAGGGACGAAGUCUACAACGAAAGGAAGCAUUUGAUGCAUGAAGAUUUUGCUGUCAUGAAUAAUUGUAUGUUAGCCCCUCCCCUUUCUAACAAUCAUCAAUAUGACUGGGAUUUAUUUCUUAUCUUGUUUAAUGAUUGCACCAACAUUCGUCUCUUUUUCACCAAGAUCCAUCCCAGUCUUGUGCGGGUCCACAAUCUUU